GUCCAUCAGUAAUACCAACAUCAAUGUCUAUCAGCUCGUAUACACGAAGUCCUCUCCUCGUUUGUAUUUGAAGGCCAGAAGCACCACUGUCCAAAUGGCGACAUCGGAAGCUGACCCAUGUACGCCCAACCUAGGAAGCACCGACGCGCGCAGCUACAAGAUAUACAAGCUUCAUACACGGAGCAUCCAUGUAUUGUGUCUAGAAUUCCUUGUAUUACCAUACAGUAUGAAUGGACUAGUGGCAAGUCAAAGACGUGAUUGUAUCCGGCUCCUAUCCAACUCAAGACUCCCAGUUCAAAUUAGACAUCCAAGCCCCAGAGUACAGCACGACAUACAAGGCUCCAUAACUAGACUCGCAAUACUUUGCAGAUGCUUUCACUGUUGUUGUAUCUUCAACGAGAGAUUUAAGAUCACAUCUAUCACAGCUACUUAUCCACUGACCCACCCUCGUAGCGCCUCCCACAUCGGUUGGUUGGCUUUGGCUGUACUCAGGUUGCGCACAGACCGUCAGAAGCACAGCGGGAGAUUGGUUAAAGUACCUUCUAACGAGGCGAAACGCUUUCUUUCGCGUUUCCUGCAAGCAAACAACUACCAUACCUACCACAUAGGUAUGGACUUAGUAAAUUGGUAGCGCCAGGUCAUGAUUUGCCUUGAAGGAGGUUCAAAAUCUUCUUGAACCAGUAAGGAUAUAUGGGAAACGAUCUAUUUAGCCUUCAGAUAGGCUCUCAGGUACAAGUGAAUGGAGGACCAAGAAACCAAGGUGAAGGCGUCUCACACGCUAGCGCUUCUUUACCGUUCUAACUGCUUCUGUGGUGGACCACCAAAACAAACAGCUGUUCGUCUCCAAUUUAGUUCCUUACUGUUCUCCAUAGAUCUACAAGAGUCUCAAAAAAAAC